GCCGAGCUACAACUACGCCCCAAAUCCAGACAAGCACUGGAUCAUGAGGUACACAGGCCCCAUGAUGCCCAUCCACAUGGAGUUCACCAACAUGCUGCAGCGCCGGCGACUACAGACCCUGAUGUCCGUGGAAGACUCUAUGGAGAAGAUCUAUGACCUGCUGGUGGAGCUGGGUGAGCUGGACAACACGUACAUCAUUUACACGGCUGACCAUGGCUACCACAUUGGCCAGUUUGGCCUUGUGAAGGGAAAGUCCAUGCCGUACGAGUUUGACAUCCGGGUGCCAUUUUAUAUCCGUGGACCAAAUGUGGAUGCAGGUUCCCUGAACCCACACAUUGUGCUUAAUAUUGAUCUCGCCCCAACCAUCAUGGACAUUGCUGGACUGGACAUUCCUGCAGACAUGGAUGGGAAGUCAAUACUGAAGCUACUAGACACGGAGAAACCUGUGAAUAGGUUCCAAGUUCAGAAAAAAGUUAAAGUCUGGAGAGAUUCGUUUCUUGUGGAGCGCGGGAAAUUGCUUCAUAAGAGAGAACCCGAUAAGAUGGAUGCUCAGGAGGAGAACUUUCUGCCAAAGUAUGAGCGCGUCAAAGACUUGUGUCAGCGAGCGGAGUAUCAGACAGCCUGCGAGCAGCUGGGGCAGAAAUGGCAGUGCGUGGAGGAUCCCACCGGAAAGCUUCGGCUGCAUAAGUGUAAGCGGCUGGCUGGUCUGUCUGCAGCCCCUGACAGCAAGAAGAUCUCCCCGAAUCUUAUGAGCAGUUAUUACAAUGCGGACAGUGAUGAAUGCGACUGUGAUGCCAUCAGCUACAAGAUCUCUCCACUUGGCCGCCGCAAGAAGCUGAUGUCCAAGAAAAAAUACAAGACCAGUUAUCUGAGGAACCGUUCCGUCCGCUCUGUGUCUGGUGAUGUCCUUAGUAUGUACAUAGAGCAGGAAUACGAGCCGGUUCUAAGAAAUAAUUUAACCAAGUGGCAGCUGCCUGAGCUGGACAAUGAGGAUGAGGAGGAUAAGGACACUGACAACUUCAGUGGGACUGGAGAGAUCACAAAUGAACUGUUUGUGCCCAGUGCGGUUAAAGUGACUCAUAGGUGCCACAUUCUUCCUAAUGACACCGUGCAGUGCGACCUGGACCUCUACAAGUCUCUGCAGGCUUGGAAGGAUCACAAGCUGCACGUUGAUCAUGAGAUUGAAACAUUACAGAAUAAGAUCAAGAACCUGAGAGAGGUCAGAGGUCAUCUGAAAAAAAGGCGACCAGAGGACUGUGACUGCAGCAAGAUAAGUUAUCACUUCAAACAUAAGAAGGGGAAGCUAAAGAGCGGGGGAACCCUCAUGCAUCCCUACAAGAAAUCGCUGAACGAACAUGACAAGAUAUGGCUCCUGCGGGAACAGAGACGCAAGAAGAAGCUGCGCAAACUGCUGAAGAGGCUGAGGAACAAUGACACAUGCAGCAUGCCAGGCCUCACCUGCUUCACCCAUGACAACCAGCACUGGCAGACUGCCCCCUUCUGGACAUUGGGGCCGUUCUGUGCCUGCACCAGUGCCAACAACAACACCUACUGGUGUCUGAGAACCAUUAAUGAGACCCACAACUUCCUCUUCUGUGAAUUCGCCACCGGAUUUCUGGAGUACUUUGACCUCAACACUGACCCAUACCAGUUGAUUAAUGCAGUGAACACUCUCGGCCGGGAUGUCCUCAAUCAGUUACACAUUCAGCUGAUGGAGCUGCGCAGCUGUAAGGGCUCCAGACAGUGCAAUCCCCGUACGCGGAACGUGGAGCUCGAUCUGAAAGAUGAGAGCUUUGAGCAGUACAAACAACUUCAGCGUCGAAAGUGGCCAAAAGCAAAGAGACCAUCGUCUAAAUCUUUAGACCAGUUAUGGGAGGGCUGGGAAGGUUAGCACUCCUGAAGACCCUUCAAAUAAACUUGAAGCGUUGUUAACACUUGAAGACCUUCAGGAUUUUUGGACUGUGUGCCCUAUGAGUAGAUAGGCUGUGGAGGACAAAUGUGACUAAUCACCCAACAAGGGUGCAGAUUCCUCCCUAAAAAAAAGAAAACUCCACUUUUGCACCAGUAAUUUUUUUUUUCAUUUUGCCUCAUACAUUCCUGCUACUGGAGUGAGGAAGGGAUCUUACAAGCACCACUAUCCUGCCUGGAGCUGACAAGAGGUACAGAAGCGUGCCUCCGCCAACAAAAGGGAUACACUACCCCUCCCCUGCAGAGACAUACAGGAUGAUGAUACUACUGCUUGAGGAAGGGAGCAAACCCCAUAACACGAGCAUACAGUUUGUAAAUAACGUCUGGCUGCGACACAAGAAAUUACAGGAUUAAAAGUGAGAAGAUGUAACUGGCGAUUUGAUGGUUAAUUCUUGAUACAUAAUAAAGUUUCAUUACUGAUUGACUUUUA